AAAACAAGAGGCGUAUGUACUGAACUCUGCACUAGUAUAUUGGAGAAGAGUAUUUCUGACCGUGUUUAAUAGAGUGUUCCCGUGGGUUUUAUACCUUUUAAAAGAAGAUGGUGUUGGUUAUAAUCUUCCUCCUGUGCAGCAUUGUUUUUUCCAAGGGCCAACGAUUGAGGGUCACCCUGGACGCUGACCGGCCCUUCGUGAGGAAGCAGGUGCUCGAAACGGUCACUCUGGAGUGCUGCUACGGAAAGAGCGGCGGGGACUAUGUAGCCCACACCUGGAUCGUCAGCAAGCUGAUUGCCAACAGCACCCAUGACCUUCAGCGGGUGAACGUGACUGACCUGCGUUUUAAAGACGAAAUGCCCAAGGACCCUAGCAAAGUGUGCCACAAGCUAAUUCUAAUGGCGUUGCAGACCAGCGACGCUGGCCUCUACCAGUGCUUCCUCAACAACAGCCAACACGGUGUGAAAGUCCUGUCGCACGGUACCUUCCUGCAGGUCUACAAGCCGAUGGGGAAAAUACUAAACCUCAGUGAGAACGUGAAAAACAACAUCCUGACCGCCCAGGGGAUUCUGCUUCUGCUGUGUGUACUCCUGCCCGGGGCUAAACUACUCUUCAAGACCAAGCAGAUCCAUGUGCUGGAGAAGAAGAAAGCAAUGAGGGAAGAGGAGAAUAUAUAUGAGGGGCUAAGAAUAGAGGAUUUCAGCUCUCCUUACGACCAGAUCCAGCGCGCCCCGGCUGAGACGAACUAUGAGGACGUGUACAGUGAGGGCGAGGCCAGCCUGGAGAAGCCUUGAAGGAAACGUUUUGCUAAACUGUUUUAAAAAGAGGUGUGUGUGUGUAUGUGUGUGUGUGUGUGUGUGUGUGUGUGUGUGUGUGUGUGUGUGUGUGUGUGUGUGUGUGUGUGUGUGUGUGUGUGUGUGUGGGUGUGGGUGUUGGUGCGUGUGUGUGUGUGGCUGGUGGGUAGGACAACUUAGGACAUUUGUUGUCCUACCUUUUAAAUACCAUAUCAUAACGUUUUCAUGCGUGUCUUUUUCUAUACAAUGUGGUGAAUUGUUGUGUACAAUAUUGACUUCUAUGUGCCGAAAUGUGCUUAUGCACUCCGUGAUUAAACAUUUAGAAACAAG